AGAGUGCGCGCGCGCAUUUCAACCGCGGUAGUCACAUGUCCUCAAACAACUUAACACUCAGUGCUGUGUUAAAAAACUUUAAUGAAAAAGAAAACAAAACUUGAUUCGGAACAAACGUUUCUACUGGCUGGAAAUAAAAAACAAGAAAUAACGCAUUAUUCAUUCAACAAACAACACAGAGAUGAUACCAAGAUGGAAACAAAUUGUAACAAAGAUGUUCAUAAUUCCCCAGCGGUAUGUACUGGGCAUCAUGGGACUGCUGGCGGUAUGCAAUGCGUACACCAUGCGCGUGUGCCUCAACCUGGCCGUCACUCAGAUGGUCACCAACGACAGAGACGAGGAAAGCCACUUCGACCCCAACGCAUGUCCUGAUGAGAGCGAGAUACUCAUCAAUGGAACUUCUGCUUCUAAACCGCACGCGAUAUUCGAUUGGUCGGAGUCGACUCAAGGGCUCAUUCUCAGCGGUUUUUAUUACGGCUACGCUAUUACCCACGUCCCUGGAGGGUACUUAGCUGAAAAAUAUGGCGGUAAAUGGACAUUGGGCAUUGGUCUGCUGAGCACCGCCAUUUUUACACUACUAACGCCUAUAGUGGUGACUACUGGUGGUGCCACGUGGCUCUUCAUACUGAGAGUCUUACAAGGAAUGGGUGAGGGUCCGACCAUGCCAGCAUUGAUGAUUGUAUUAGCUCGGUGGGUACCUCCUCAUGAAAGGUCGCGACAGGGAGCGCUGGUAUUCGGAGGAGCUCAGAUAGGCAACAUCUUCGGAUCCUUCAUGUCUGGCUUCCUAAUGGCUGGCAACGGCCACUGGGCUAACGUCUUUUAUUUCUUUGGCUGCUUCGGCAUUUUAUGGUUCAUAUUUUGGAGCAUGCUAUGCUACAGCACACCAAAUACCCACCCAUAUAUAUCGGAUGAAGAGUUGAAGUAUUUGAAUGAAACGGUCACAAGUGCUGAUAAGAAUACUGUAAGGGACCCAGUGCCUUGGAAAGCUAUUGUGAGAUCAGUUCCUGUAUGGGCUCUACUUUUUGCUGCUGUCGGCCACGAUUGGGGCUACUAUACAAUGGUGACAGAUCUGCCAAAGUACAUGACUGAUGUUCUGAAAUUCAACAUCGCCACCACUGGGACCCUGACAGCAAUCCCGUAUCUGGCCAUGUGGAUUAGCUCGUUCAUAUUCGGAUGGGUUUGCGACAUAUGUGUCAGUAGGAAGUGGCAUUCGAUUAAGACUGGCAGGAUUAUUCACACAACUAUAGCUGCGACCGGGCCCGCCAUAUGCAUCAUAUUGGCUUCGUACGCGGGCUGUGAUAGAUUCGCUGCCGUUGGGUACUUCAUCGCUUCCAUGGCUCUUAUGGGCGGCUUCUACAGCGGUAUGAAGGUAAACGCAUUAGAUCUGGCGCCAAACUACGCCGGCUCGCUCACCGCCAUGAUCAACGGUACUUCAACACUCUCAGGCAUCAUCACCCCCUACCUCAUAGGUCUUUUGACACCGGAUUCAACAUUGUCUCAAUGGAGAGUGGCAUUUUGGGUAUGCUUCUCAGUUUUAGUGGGUACAAACGUAAUAUACUGCAUCUGGGCUGAUGGUAAGCAACAAUGGUGGGAUGACGUGCGACAGUACGGGUACCCUGCGAAUUGGAAACAUGGCCCUCUUAAAACUGUGGACGAAGACAAAGAAAAGCGUAAUCCCGAAAAAAUGGAGGUCAAAUUGUAGAUAGAUCAGUAUACGAAAAUUUUAAUUUAAAUUUAUUAUCUUAGAAUUCAUAACUGUAUGCUCCAUACGUUGCAUUUAGAAAUUGAAAUUAAGUCUCUCUGUUGGCGAGAGAAUGUAACAAACUGUUUAAAAUGGUUGUUUUCUCAUCCUAUUUUUUUACCUCAAUGAACCUAUUCUUAUACAUAACUAAACAUAAUAAAAAUAUAUAUGAUAUUUUUAAAUGGUAGUGAAAGCAUACAUUGUGAAUGCAUAUGCUGUGAUGACAGAACUAGAGAAAUAUGUUUUUGACAACUUUUGUAAUAUAUCAUUUAUUUUUAAUUUACUGUUAUGCAUUGGUGCAUAUAUAGCUAUUAUGUGUAAUUUGAGAUAUACUAAUUCUGCAUUAACUGUUGAAAUCGACGAUUAAAACAUUAUAUAGAAACACCGAAUCGGAAUAUUGUUUUUAGAUUUCUGUGAUAAAACUUCAUGUACAAAGUUAAAUGGAUUUUAAUAGAACUAUAACUUAGGAGAAAGAAAAUUAAACUUAAUAGUCUUAUUUCAGUAAAAUAAAAUAUUUUUAUGAUAUAGGUAUUUUAUAAAAUAUAAGAUAAUUUGAAGUGAGAUGCUAUAGCUACUUAUUUUUUCUUUAUUUUUAUUAAUUUUUAGUGUUAGUAUUUAAUGAUGCCAAUACAAGCUUUAGCUUAAUAUGUUUAUUACUAAUAUGUUUUUAGGAAAUGAAAGAAUAAAUAAGUAUAUUUUGUUAUAAAAA